UCUCAUUUGAGUCCAUCUUUUUAACAAGUCCACAGCAUCACGAUACUUAUUACUUCAAGUUCCAACCUCAUCUCCGUUACCACCUUACAACCCACCAAUAGUCUAAUGCCAAUAACUAAACCUCUCGUCAACCUGUUGUUAGUUCGGUAACUUCACUCACACAAUGUCGGGUAAUUGUGCAAACAAGGGGCCGGUGGUCGGUCACUUCGCCACCAUCGUCGAGAUGGGUGUGCUGAAGACCUUCGUCGAGUACAAGAUUUUCGAUGCUAUCCCCGACGAGGGCGAUAUCUCCAUUACCGAGCUGGCCGACAAGGUUGGCGCGCACCCGGAACUGCUCCAACGCCUCGCCAACUACCUCGUCGCUGCCGGGUUCCUCGACUCACCUGCCGUUGGCCGCGUGGUUCACACGGACAAGUCCCGCCCGUACAAGUCCACCGAGUUCGCCGGCGGCGCCGUAGCGUACCUGUUCGACAUGCUCUUCCGCGCGACGGCGCAGCUGCCGUCGUACUUUGCGCAGAACGGGCUGGCCUCCCCCGAGACUGCCAGCGUCACGCCGUUCGGGAUGGCCGUAAACCACCCGGACAAGAGCCUGUACGAAAUCCUUGUCGCCGAGCCCAAGUUGGGCCAAGCAUUCGACGAGACGUGCAGCCGCGUGGGCAGCAUCUUCCCCAUGAAGGGCGUCCAUGAUCUCGGCUGGAUGCAGCAAGAACCGGGAGCCCUCGACGGGACCCGCCCACUCUUUGUGGACAUCGGCGGCAACGAGGGCGCCGCGCUGCGGUGCGUGCUGCGCGACAACACAUUCAUCCCGGCAGCUCGCUGCGCCGUCUUGGAUCUGCCGCGGGCCAUCGAGGCGGCCGAGGCCGACCGGGCCCGGGUGGCCGCCGAGGAGGACGGCGAGCGGUUGUCCAAAGUCCAGCUCGUGGCCGGCAGCGUGUACGAGCCGCUGCCGGCGCCGGUGCGCGGGGCGCUGGUGUACCAGUUCCGGCGCGUCCUCAACGACUUUGCCGACGCCGACGUGGCCCGCGCCUGGCGCUCCGUGGCCGACGCCGCCGCCACCGACACCCGCGUCUACAUCGUCGAGAAGCUGCUCGAGUCGGGGAGGCCGUCCGAGUACGGCGCCGCCCAGGACCUCUUCAUGAUGAUGUUUGGUGGCAAGCGCCGUAGCGCUGCUAUGCAUGCCGAGCUGGCGGCCGCUGUUGGGUUCCGGCUGCACAAGGAGUCCGAGGAUAGGUUUAACGACUUUGGCGCGCUUGAGUUCCGCAAGGCUUGAGCGGGGCAAUGGAUUUGUGGUUUCCUUGUUCCUUUGUUGUAACC